UACAUAUAAGGUUAAGAUCUAAUUUUUGUACUAAAAAAAGUUAUAUUUCUUUUCGAAACCAGAUAGAUUUAAUCUUUAAAUGUUAUUGAUAGCUUAGUUCAUCUGAGAACAACGGUAUAUUUAAAUAAAUAAAUGUGUCAAAAUGAGGACUAGGAAAACACUAGCAAUCAUCAGUGCAGGCUUAAUUCUUGCCUGCUGCGUUAUGAUAUAUUUAAUAAUGGAUUUAACACUUUUUCCACCUGGACAAGGGUCUAAACUUUCUGUUAAUGAUAAUCAAUGGCUACACUUUGAGAAUAGAUUAGCAAAGUUAGAAAAAGAUUUCAAUAAGCAUCAUGAAGUUAUGAAUGCUUUAAGGGAAGUGGCUGAAGCAAAACAUUUUGUACCUAUAGAUCAUUCUAUAAAUCGUCCUGAUCAACCUAUGUCAUCUAGUUCUUCCCAUUUAGGAAAAGUACUUAAAUGCAAUUUUAACAUACAGAAAAUUCCUGAAGUUGACAUUCAAAUGUUAGAGAUGUAUAGACAAUUAGAGUUUGAUAAUGUGGAUGGUGGAGUUUGGAAACAAGGAUGGGAUAUCACAUAUGAUGAGAAACAAUGGCAUCCAAAUAGAAAGCUGAAAGUAUUUGUUGUUCCACAUUCUCAUAAUGAUCCUGGUUGGCUUAGUACCUUUGAGAAAUACUAUGCAUUUCAAACACAAAAUAUAUUAAAUAAUAUGGUAACAAAAUUGGCAGAAGACAGAAGACGUAAAUUUAUUUGGGCAGAGAUAUCAUUCUUUCAACUUUGGUGGGAAAGUCAGUCUAAGAUAACUCAUAAUUUAGUUAAACGUUUGAUUCAUGAUGGUCAAUUAGAAAUUGUAUCAGGAGGUUGGGUUAUGCCAGAUGAAUCUGUUUCUCAUUGGAUGUCUCAGCUUACACAACUUACAGAGGGUCAUCAAUGGUUAAAAUAUAAUCUAGAUUAUAUACCAAAUUCAGGUUGGGCUAUUGAUCCAUUUGGUCUUUCUCCAACUAUGCCAUAUCUGUUGAAAAAGGCAGGAUUGGAAAAUGUACUGAUACAAAGAGUUCAUUAUUCAGUUAAAAAAAGAUUAGCUAAACGAAAACAAUUAGAAUUUCGUUGGAGACAAUUAUGGGAUAAUGAUGGAUCAACAGAAAUCUUUACACAUGUAAUGCCAUUUUAUAGUUAUGAUGUGCCACACACUUGUGGCCCAGAUCCAAAAAUAUGUUGUCAAUUUGAUUUUUAUAGACUACAAAAUUUUGGACUAAGUUGUCCAUGGAAAAUAGCUCCAAGAGCCAUAACUAAAUCAAAUAUUGCAGAAAGAGCUGCUCUCUUACUGGAUCAGUACCGUAAAAAAUCUCAGCUUUUUAAAACUGAUGUGGUAUUAGUACCAUUGGGAGAUGAUUUUAGGUAUACUCAUUUUACUGAGUGGGAUGCUCAGUUUAAUAAUUAUCAAAAACUUUUUGAUUAUAUGAAUCAAAACUCACAAAUGAACGUUCAAAUUAAAUUUGGAACGUUAAGCGACUACUUUGAUGCGAUCAGGGAAAAACAUACUUUAAACGAAUUUCCUACUUUAUCUGGCGAUUUCUUCACAUAUUCCGACAGAGAUGAUCAUUAUUGGAGCGGAUAUUAUACAUCAAGGCCUUUUCACAAACGAUUAGAUCGUGUAUUAUUGAGUUUACUAAGGGCAUCGGAAAUAUUAACUACUACUGCUUGGACUAAAGGUAAUGACAAUUUAGUGGAAGGUACUCUUGCACAACGUUUAAGCAAGGCAAGAAUGUGGCAUUCUUUGUUUCAACAUCAUGAUGGUAUUACUGGAACUGCCAGAGAUGAAGUUGUUAUAGAUUAUGCUAAGAAGAUGAUAAUGGCCUUGAAUAAUUCUGCGCAUGUAUUACAACAAUCAGUGGUUCAUUUAUUAAAAACUCCACAAGAAUCUUCUGUUAAUGUAGAUGCUGUAUAUAUUUCACUUGAUGAAUCUAGAUUGCGCCAUACCAGUGUAGGAGACAAACAUGUUCUAAUAUUAAGGGAGGAAAAUCCUUUAAAAAAGGUUAUUCUUUAUAAUUCUAUUCCAAGACAAAGAACAAAAGUACAGACAUUGGUCGUAUCCACUCCAUUUGUUAAAGUUACUGACCGUAUGGGUCAACCAGUACAAUGUCAGAUUUCUCCAAUUUGGAUUGGACCAGCUGCACUAACUGUUGCUAGAUAUGAGUUAUCAUUCUUGGUUACUGUACCUGGAUUUGGUAUUACAACAUACGUAAUUCACGCUUUGUCGAAAUCAUCGUUUCCACCGGAAGUGCAUGUUGCGAACAUAACUGUUUUUAAUACAGAUAUAAACCUUCCAAAAAUACCAGGUUUUAAUCAAAUUCAAGUAAUACCAAAUGCACAAGAAUUUUCAAUUACACAACGACCAGAAUUAUCUGCAUCUUUUGGAAAAUCAGGUCUUCUGAAAGCUUUAAGAGUCAGUAAUAUAACAGUACCUGUUCAUUUAGAAUUUGUUAAAUAUGGUACCAGAGGUUCUGGUAAAGAUAAAAGUGGAGCUUAUUUAUUCUUACCUGAUAAAUCAGAACCAGAUUUAGUAUAUAUGGACAAUAAAUGUAUUAUACACUUAAUAACUGGACCCAUUGUAUCUAAAGUAUUUGUAGAAUUUGCACAUGUACGUCAUACUUGUAUAUUAUACAACUCCCCUGGUACUGAUGGACUUGGUUUACGUGUUCAUAAUGAAAUUAACAUAUCAGAAACGCAAAAUUAUGAACUUGCUAUGAGACUAAGUACAGAUAUAGCUUCAGGAGACCAAUUCUAUACAGAUCUAAAUGGCCUUAAUAUGAUUAAGCGUCAAAGAUUUCCAAAACUUCCUACACAAGGAAACUAUUAUCCGAUGGCGUCAAGUACAUACAUAGAAGAUAAGAAGCUUCGACUAACAGUUGUAACAGCACAACCAUUAGGUGUAAGUUCUAUGGCACCUGGGCAAAUUGAAAUUAUGCAGGAUAGACGAUUACUUCAAGAUGAUAACAGAGGACUUGGACAAGGUAUAACUGAUAACUUGUUAACAAAUCAUAUAUUCACGUUUGUUCUCGAAAAAAAGAAGUCCUUUUGUAUAUCUUCAACACCACCAACAAAUCACCCAUCAGGUGUACUCUCAUUAUAUGGCCAUUUAGCAUCAGAAGAACUAUUACACCCUAUAAUUGCAAUGCAUCCACAUAAUUCUUUACCUUUUAAUUUAAAUGCGUAUUUCUCGCCACUUCGUUACGAUUUUCCUGCGGAUCUAAGCGUUGUUAACUUUCGAGUAUUUCCUAUCCCAGAAGGAGCUGGUAAAGGUAUUGGAAUGGUUUUACAUCAAGCAGCUUUAGACAUGUGUUGGAAUGAUAAUUCUUAUUUGCGUUAUUUUAAUGUUUCCGAAUCCGUAGAAGUUGAUUUAACAAAGUUUCUUAAUUAUAUAGAUGAUUGGGUUAUUAGUAAAGCUCCACUUACAUUCCAUAAUGUAGGACCAUCGUUGAAAUCGCCUAUUGUUAAUUUAUGUCCACACCAAAUAUUACCAAUCUUAUUUCACAAGACACAAUCUUAAACGUAGAAUUUAAUGAUCACUUAGACUCAUUGAAAAGAAUUAAGAUUUCUGCUCAUUGUUCCACUAUCAACGGCCUUACUCAAAAUGAUAUAAUCCAAUUGAUCAGAUGCUGGUGGACUGGUUUUAUCCAUCUUGUAGCUGUAACAAUAUCAGUUGGAAAAAAUGAUUUACAAUUACAAUUUAGUGGAUACUGUUAUUUUUAUAUGCUUUUAAUUCCGUAUUGUUAUGAAAUACGAAAACUAUAACUUAUAUAAGGCACAUAUAUAAAUCCUCUUUUACAUAAGAUAUUAUUUCUUACUGUGAUCUACUUUUUAUCAAGAAAGAUAUUUAAUUAUGAUAUUCAACAGAAAAAAAUAUAAAAUAUUUUUUGCAAUUUUGUUCAUUAUGGUAGAUAUUUAAUUGAUAUUACUAUUGAUUAUCAUUGUUAUUAUUAUUAUUAUUCAUAUUGUUAUAAAUAUGAAUACAAAAAUACAGAAACAUAUUCUUGCAGUUAUACUGAAAAAUAAAAUGUGGGUUUUUAUAAGAUAUUACAUCUCCAUGCUAGUCGUACUAUUACUUUAGAAAAUGUAAUUUUAUACAUCUGUAUGUAUGUACAUUCUAAGUAUUAAAAAUUCUGUAAUAAAGUUAAAGGUGUAAAAAUCUA